ACAAGAAUGUGGUGACAUCAUCAUUAAGAUGAUGAUAAAACUAUAAGAUCGGAAGUGGAAGUACUUUGUUGUCGUCCUCUUCCUUCCUUCCACCAGUUACUGUUACACCCCAACUUUGACAUCAUCACCAUGGAACUCAAAUUCAUUCUUCUUCUUAUUAUUAAUCUAAUAAUGCUUCUCUCUUCGACCGUCACUGCUGAUCAAUAUGUUCGCCCUUUGCCAAGAAAAAACUUAAACAUUCCAUGGCCAUGGGAUUCUAAAUCCCAACCUUACCCUCAACAGGUACAUAUAUCUUUGGCAGGAGACAGACACAUGAGAAUUACAUGGAUAACUGAUGACAAACACUCACCUUCAUUUGUAGAAUAUGGAACAUUACCUGGUAGAUAUGAUUCAAUAUCUGAAGGAGAGUUCACCUCUUAUAAUUAUAUGUUAUAUAGCUCAGGAAAGAUACACCAUACUGUAAUUGGACCUUUGGAAUAUAAUACCAUGUAUUUUUAUCGAUGCGGCGGACAAGGUCCCGAGUUCAAGCUCAAAACUCCUCCAUCUAAAUUUCCAAUUACUUUUGCUGUGGCCGGCGAUCUUGGUCAAACUGGUUGGACUAAAUCAACAUUGGAUCACAUUGAUCAAUGUAAAUAUGAUGUUUACCUUCUUCCGGGUGAUCUUUCAUAUGCUGAUUGUAUGCAGCAUCUUUGGGACUCGUUUGGUAGGCUUGUGGAGCCGCUUGCUAGUGCGAGGCCGUGGAUGGUAACAGAAGGAAAUCAUGAAGAGGAAAAUAUACCAUUGUUAACCGAUGAAUUUGUAUCGUAUAAUUCUAGAUGGAAAAUGCCGUUUGAGGAAAGUGGAUCAACUUCAAAUCUCUAUUAUUCAUUUGAAGUUGCAGGUGUUCAUGUUAUCAUGCUAGGGUCUUAUGCAGAUUAUGAUAAGUACUCGGAGCAAUACAGAUGGCUAAAGGAAGAUCUGUCCAAGGUGGACAGGAAAAGGACACCUUGGCUGGUUGUGUUAUUUCACGUGCCGUGGUAUAAUAGUAACAAGGCUCACCAAGGUGCAGGGGAUGAUAUGAUGACAGUCAUGGAGCCAUUGCUGUAUGCUGCCAGUGUUGAUUUAGUUCUUGCUGGACAUGUUCAUGCUUAUGAACGUUCGAAACGUGUGUAUAAUGGAAGAUUGGAUCCUUGUGGCGCUGUCCAUAUAACUAUUGGUGAUGGUGGAAACCGAGAAGGCUUAGCUCAUAGGUACAUAAAUCCACAACCAAAGUGGUCAGAAUUUCGUGAAGCCAGUUUUGGUCAUGGUGAGCUGAAAAUUGUAAACUCAACUCAUGCCUUCUGGAGUUGGCAUAGGAAUGAUAAUGAUGAGUCAAUUAAGGCCGAUGGUAUCUGGAUAACCUCUUUGAUAAGCUCAGGAUGCGUUGAUAAGAACAAACAUGAGCUCAGGAGCAUGCUUAUGACACCCUAAGAGAUUCAUGUCAUGUCUGCUACAGGCAUUACUUAAGUGUCAUAAAAGCAAGUAAACUUGAGCAUUUCUGUACUACUUGUUUUUUUUGUAUAUAUACUCUAUGGACUUGGAAUUUUAUGUAAAUGGAGUGUAUGUAAAGCUGAUAAUUUCUUUGGAAUAGAAAUAUUGUUUGUUUUGUCUAAA